GAAACCGCCAACAAGGUGGAGAUCGUCAAAGAAGAGCCGGAGGAGGAGGACCCAUUCUGCGAUUCAGAGAUCGAGGAUGGUUCUCUGCAGAACCUGGAGCUCCCAGAAGACAAGUGUCGAACAGUCAAAAUCGAGGAUGGUGAAUCGACACGGCAGGGCAAGAAGCCCAAAGCCACGAGACCGUCCUCGAAG